AUGUACAGUGCUGAUGGCUCCAUUCCUUGUCAAAGUCUCAGGAAACAUGCACGAUCACUCUAUCUUGCAGCUGACAAAUAUGAGAUUCCACAUCUAAGGGACAUAUGCAGAAAAGAGCUUAUAUCCUCUCUCAAUCCAUCUAAUGCUGUUAGCAUCCUUGAGCUUGCCCAAAUCCCUUUAGACAUAGUCCUUCACCAUUGCGCAUUCGCGGUUGUCAGGAGCAAUUUUAACACGAUUGCUUACUCUGAUAAGUUCAAGUCGUUUGCCAUCAAUUACCCAGAUCUUGCCGUGGAGAUAAUGAAAAGUUAUCUUACUUCCUCUAAGAGCAGAAAGAUUUGUAGUUACUGUGGUUCCCGUUGUCGUUCCUGCUGCAACUACUAG